AUGUCACCAUUGAAAGGAAUCAAGGUCAUUGAGCUAGCAGGCCUAGCUCCAGGCCCAUUCGCAGGGCUUCUCCUAGCCGACUACGGCGCCUCAGUCCUCCGCAUAGACCGACCCAACUCUAUAAGCGGCGAUCAACUAACCCGCAACAAGACCUCUAUAACCCUUGACCUCCGCGACAAAGCCUCUAUAAACAUCCUCCUCCGCCUCCUCAUAACCGCCGACGUCCUAAUCGACCCGUUCCGCCCAGGCGUUCUCGAACGCCUCGGCCUCUCUCCAACAGAAAUCCUCCAAAAACACAACCCCCGCCUGAUUGUCGCCCGCAUGACCGGCUUCCGCCGCGACGGAAAAUACAAAGACAUGGCCGGCCACGACAUAAACUACAUCGCCGUCUCAGGCGUGCUUUCCAUGCUCGGCCGCGCAAAUGAAAAGCCGUAUGCCCCAGCCAACAUCCUCGGCGAUUUUGCCGGUGGUGGCGCAGUCUGUUUCCAGGGAAUCCUGCUCGCCUUGAUCUCGCGCUCCCAUACAGGCCGUGGCCAAGUCGUCGAAGCAAAUAUGGUCGAUGGCUCCGCAUAUCUUGCUACGUUCCCGCGGUUGGGGAGAAAUACACCCGCAUGGGCGGAGCCGCGUGGUGAGAAUCUGCUUGAUAGUGGAUGUCCGUAUUAUGAUACGUACGAGACUAAGGAUUCCGGGCGAUAUUUUGCUGUCGGGGCUUUAGAGCCGCAGUUUUAUGCGGCAUUCGUGCGGGGAUUAGGAUUUGAGAUUGGGAAUCUUCCGAAGAGAGAGGAUCGGGAGCAGUGGCCGAAGUUGAAAGAGAUCUUUACGAGGAGGUUUAAGGAGAAGACGCGAGUGGAGUGGGAGGCUGUUUUCGAUGGCACGGAUGCUUGUGCUACGCCUGUUUUGGAGCAGGCAGAGCUUGAGGAGGAUGGGUAUGAACAGCGACCUAUGGUACAUCUUGCUAGCACGCCCGCAGCGCCGAUUCUGGCGGAUCAGGGUGGGUGGUCGGGUGGUGGGCUUUUGCCCGGGGAUGGGGGUGUUGAUACACUUAGGGAGUGGGUGGGGUGGGAGUUGGGUAAGGAUUUUGAGGCUAGGAAGGAUGGGGCUUUAGUGGCGGUGAAUGGGAAGUCAAAGAUCUGA